AUGGUGUUGAUAUCUUUGCUGUUGCAGGAGGAGACUUCUAAAAAGUCAGAUUGCGUUGAUAUUAAUGGAAGCAAACCUCAUAUACAACCUGCUCUUGGUAUGGGGUUUGAAUCCAUAGAUGAUGCAUGGGAGUUUUACAAGACAUUCGGGAAAGUGACUGGAUUUCCUGUGGUGAAAAGCACAUCUGUGAAAAAUGGUGCGGGGUAUAUAAGAAGCUACAAGUUUACUUGUGCUCGAGCAGGUAAGUGUAGUUCCGUUUCUGAAAAUCCAUUAAGGCCCCAAGCAACAAUAAAAUGUGGUUGUCAAGCCAAGCUAGUGUUACAGUUAGAUUGCCUAGUUGGUUAUGUAAUCAGCCAACUCAAUUUGGAUCACAAUCAUGAAUUGAAACCUGAAAACGCUAGACAUUUUCGUUGUAAUCGAUUCAUUAAUUCUCGGGUAAAGAAUCAAAUUGAUCUUCUUGAUCAAUCUGGUGUUAGGUUGUGUAAAAGUUAUGAUGUUUGUGUAAAUGAAGCUGGCGGUCAUGAGAAUAUGACGUGUUCUCAAAAAGAUUGUAGAAAUCUAAUUGAUAAGUUGCGAAAUUCACGGCUAGGAGAAGGAGAUGCAGUUGCCAUUUUAACUUAUUUUGCAAAGAUGAGUUCACAAGGUUUGGGAUUUUAUUCAAGUGUUGAUGUAGAUGAUACUGGUCGUUUGAGAACUGUGUUUUGGGCAGAUGGUAGGUCAAGAGAAGAAUAUAAAGAGUUUGGUGAGGUUAUUUCUUUUGACACCACAUACUUGGUGAAUCGGUAUGAUAUGCCGUUUGCUCCAUUUGUUGGGGUAAACCAUCAUGGAGAAUCAAUAUUAUUUGGAUGUGGAUUGGUAGUAUAUGAAGAUACAGACUCUUUUGCAUGGUUAUUUACCAAGUGGCUUGAUUGUAUGUCCGGAUGUGCUCCUCCUGCAAUCGUAACUGACCAAGCGAAGGCUAUGCAAAAUGCCAUAGAGAUAGUGUUCCCCAAUAGUAGACAUAGAUGGUGCAUAUGGCAUGUGAUGAAAAAAUUACCGGAGAAGUUUAAAAGUCAUCGUAAUUAUUUGCGCAUUACAUAUACAAUGAAAAAGGUUGUCUAUAAUUCUCAAUAUCAGUCAGAGUUUGAAACAAAAUGGAUGGAAAUGUUACAAAAGUAUAAAUUGUAUGACAAUGAAUGGCUUAAAACAUUAUAUGAAGAAAGGCAUCGUUGGGUACCUUGUUAUCUAAAUGAUUGUUUUUGGGCUGGAAUGUAA